AUGGGCAGUUCGAGCAUCCCACCUUCGAAGCAUAUCCCUCAGGGAAAGCUAUCGACAAUGCGUGAUACAGUCUAUCCACAUGCACAAUCAAUUCACAAAGGAAAUCCGAUAUAUGGGCCGAUCCCCAACACAGCCGCCGAACCCCGUCAGCUGCUUCCUAUGGGAAACGUAGCACCACCUAUACCCACAGCCAACAUCGCAUCUACCGCCCCAAACAAAGAACAUCGCCUUCCCACUCCGACAGGUUAUGCUAAACGCAAGGUGAUAACCCAAUACGAGAGGGACCAUUAUUACCAUGGCAUCUCUGACAGCCCUCCCCCGCUGUUGUGGCGCUCAGACUUGGAGGAGAACCUAUUCCCCACGCCCGCGCCUGGCGAGCGCUUCUUCUCCAUCCCCGUCAAGACUGCGCACGACGCCAGCGGCACACCGCUCGCCCCCGUCUGGCCCAUCGUCGCUCCCAUGAUCCUGGCAGUGCUCAAGGCUCGCGGCAUCAAAUACUCAUCAAUGAUGCCAGUGCGUUUCUUAAUCGAGCAGGACGGCAAAGACGCGUACAUCGGCCCCAUUGUCAUCUGGAUUGCGGUUCCGCCCAACUCAUCCUCCGCCGCCAUAGUUUGCGACGCGACACCUGACAUCCUUGGCAUCCUCGCCGACAAGCAGGUCACGGGCGUGGUCGUCGAGUGGUACAUAGGGGAAGUCAAGAGGCUUGUCGACCCUAGAUGA